UCCUAAAUAUGGGUGAGGAGUUUCUACAACAUGCUUAUAAAUCAAAAUGUGAUUUUCAAUUUGAAGUAAACAGAACAAUUACUAUGGAUAUUGAAGCUGGGGUAAGGCAAUCGAUAGAAUUGAUUUUACAGCGUUUGAAAAAAAGUUCUGCAUUUGAAGUGGCUGACAUAAUACCGACAGGAAGUUUUUAUGAGGGCACGAAAAUAGGAGCGCCUGACGAGUUUGAUUUUAUGCUAACUUUAGCAAAGCUUUCUGGAGCCGACAAAAUAGCUCUUCAGCCUGGUUGUUCUGAUUGGUAUCCUUAUAUCAAAUUACAACCUGGUAUUGAAUUUCCCCAGAGGUAUAAAAUUAAUAUUUUUUAUGACAGUGAAGAACAAAGAAAAAAUAAAGACUUCCUGGGAAAUCCUAGAUUCGUGGUUACGGACUUUUGGAAGGAAAUUGCAAAUGAGGUCGAUUGUAUAAAUGCUUCCCCUGUGAAAGUGAAUAUUCCUCUGACUUAUGGAACCAUGUCUUUUGAACCUUGUGAGGGCAAGAAACUUGAGCUUCACUACAUACAAAACUCAACCUUACCAAAAAAUGCUGACAUUCAAAUAAAAGAGGAAAUAUUUCCAGUUGGGAGUUUAAGAAUUGGAGUUGAUCUCAUGUUGGCAAUUGAACAUCCUUCCGUAGAAUCAAUACUGAAACUACCAGGGUUUCCAAAGACCUUUAAAGAGUUACUUUAUAAACAUGGAUGUCAUGUUAUUCCAAAAUCAUGCCAUACUGAUCAUAUGGUCCAUACAAAGUGUUGGUUUGUAACUUUUUCGUGCAUGGAACGUGAGCUGAUAAACAACAUGAAUGACCACCACAAGAAAUGUUACAAGAUUCUGAAGUCACUUAUUAGCAGUGAUAUAACCAUGUCAAGAAAAUGCAUGAACUUGUCAUCUUAUACUCUGAAAACUGCAUUCUUGUUUCAUGUGUAUGGAGAAAACGGAUGUUUAUAUUCAAGAACAAUGUCGGCAUGUAUUUGCGAAAUUUUAGACUAUAUGUCGUUAAAUCUAUAUUAUUCCAAGAUGCCUUGCUUUUUUGCAAGGGAUAUGAACACUUGGGGAAAUAUUCUGGAAACUCCUUGGUUUCCAUGGAGGGUGUCAGAAAGUUCCAAGGACUCCAGUUAUGUAUUUGCAUUAUGCUGGAUAAAAUUAAUGUAUCACUUUUUAACAUAUCUGAAGAAUAUAUUCGUUAAAAAGGCACCACUUUUUGGCAAAGAUUCGAAAAUUUUAUUUUCAAGAUGCGACUAUUUCAAAAAAGCAGUGGAGGUUCUGAUGAAGCAUUUUUCAAAAAACCGAUUAUUUUUUGAGAUCGAAAAGGUUCCUGGUUCUUUAGAGAGUUGCACAGAUACAUUUUUCUCGAUCUUCAUCCAGAAACUAAAACAGAGUUAUAAUGUAGACUUAUCCUUUAUUAAUUAUUGAAACAUUGGAUAUUAUGUGGUUUCAAAGUUCAUUGUAUGUAAAGAUCCUCAUAUUUAAGGAGGAAUAGGAAAAAUGUUUCAAAAUGUCGAGUUUUACCCAAUCUUGAUUCACAGG